CUCGCUCCGGGGAGGGGAAGGCGACGCCGAGCCCGCACCAGGCGACCGUUUUUUUCUCCUUCCCCUCAGCGCUGGGCGACGUCCCCCGGGCCGGGCCCGAACCGCCGGGGAAAAUGUCCAGGCCUGUCAGGAACAGGAAGGUGGUCGAUUACUCCCAGUUUCAGGAAUCAGAUGAUGCUGAUGAAGAUUAUGGAAGAGAUUCAGGUCCCCCAUCCAAGAAAAUCCGUUCGUCUCCCCGGGAGGCUAAAAAUAAGAGGCGAUCUGGGAAGAAUUCUCAGGAGGACAGCGAGGAUUCAGAAGAAAAAGAUGUGAAGACUAAGAAAGACGAUUCACACUCGGCAGAUGAAGAUUUUGGCAGUGAAGAUGAUGACUUAGGAGCAGAUGACGGCAAAGCUGACAGUGACUAUGAGAGCUCUCAAAAAAGCAAAAAAGGAAAAAAGGCUAAACCAGAAAAAAAUAAGAGAGCAGCCUCCAAAUCCAGGAAAAGGCCUGCAGAGGACAGUGAGGACGAGAAAGAAGAUCACAAAAAUGUGCGUCAGCAACGACAGGCAGCAUCCAAAGCAGCUUCUAAACAACGAGAGAUGCUUAUGGAUGAUGUGGGUAGUGAGGAGGAAGAACAAGAGGAUGAUGAGGCACAGUUCCAGGAGACAGAUUCAGGAAGCGAUGAAGACUUCCUCAUGGAAGAUGAUGAUGAUAGUGACUAUGGCAGUUCAAAAAAGAAAAAUAAAAAGGUCUCCAAGAAAUCCAAGCCAGAGAGGAAAGAAAAGAAAAUGCCGAAGCCCAGGCUAAAGGCUACAGUGACCCCCAGUCCAGUGAAAGGCAAAGGGAAGGCAGGCCGCCCCACAGCUUCCAAGGCAACAAAAGAAAAGACCCCAUCCCCCAAAGAAGAGGAUGAAGAGCCUGAAAGUCCCCCAGAAAAGAAAAAAUCAGCCAGCCCUGCACCAGAGAAGUCAGGGGAUGAGGGAUCUGAAGAUGAAGCACCCUCUGGUGAAGAUUAAAUGGCAGUUGAGGAAAUCUUUGUUUAAAAAAAAAAAAGAAAAAAAAGAAAAAGGAAAAGAAAACAUACUUAGGGGUAGAACACGGUUUUGGCUGUGGCUUGACUCAUGGGCUUUGAAUGCUGUCUUUACUUUCAGCUGUUUAAUACAGUGUAUCCUUUUUUAAAUAAGAGGAAACCCUUAUACAGUAAUAUUUUGAAGUCAAUGUUCUCUGUUGGCCAUUCCGUUCUCCCUCCCCCACCAAAUCUGAAAGCCAUUUGAGACAAAUUAACAGACCAUUUAAAUAUAUAUUUUUUUCAAGGGAUACUGCAGUUGUGAAGCAAUAAGGUUUGAGACUGAUACAUGGAAACCAUACUUAGAAAUCGUUAAGUAGAAUAGAUUUCCCAGUGCUGGUAAGAGUUCUUUAAAACUAUUAUUCUGUAUUUGACUAUGUGGAAAAAAUGAACCUAUGCUUUAACAGACUUUUGUUGAUACGAGUUCACUCUCAAAAAAUGUGGUUGAUAUGAAUUCCAAUUGAGGAAGAGGAAACAUGGGGAGGAAACCUGUGUUUCUUGGAUUCAGGCACGUUUUUCAUGGAAAGCAAUCAAGAGACUUGUAGAUGGUCCACUGUCUUUUAUUUAGAAAAGACCCUCCAAUUAGGUUGCGAGAUCUUUUGUCUUUGCUGGAUAGAAUACUAUUCUGCUUUAGGUAAAUUGCAGUGCAUUCUAUACAAAUUCAGAUAUACAACCUACAAGCUUCUCACAUCCAUAAACUCUAUUUUAUUUCUUCCAAGGUUGUCUAUAGAUGGGCAGAAUAGGGAAGAGAAAUUGAAAACAAUUUUUAAACCUCUGGUUUCCAUUUGGUGUUGUGGAAAAUGUCUUUAAAGUUUUUUCCAAGGAAAAAAAUUAAUGGGUAGUAUAAAAUUAAAUUCUUUAGCUUUUGGGGCGAGGGAUGUCCUUUUAUAAAUGUGAAGCAAAGGAUUCCUGUAAUGCUCUGGUCAGUCUCGGAUCCCAUGAGUCACGCUUAAGUGUUUCUCUUCUCUCCCUCCAUCUGUCCUCAGAAAGGCAAUGUAGUCAUACCUCUCAGCCUCUCCAGCUACAGUGUUGGACAGCAGACUUCCAUCGAUAGUGAACAUCACCCCGAUACCACUUCCAUUUCUUCAUCCUUCCAUCCUACAGUGUGGGAGGCUUUGCUCCCACAUCGACAUGUCUGCUUCUAACUGUUGGUCAUCAUUUGCUCCCUCAGCCUAAGCAAUGCUGAAUAGGGAACAGUAUUAAAGGAUGAAGCUGGGAGGAAGUGGAGUUUGGAAGCAGUGUAGCAGGGCUAUCGUUUUAUAAUAAAAGCAGGAUGUCCCUAUAAAUGCAAGACACUUGAGAUGUGUGUGGUGGCAUUUUAAUGUGUUUUUAUCAAAGCAGCCAUAUCCUUUUUUAAACUUUAAUUAAAAAUACACGAGCCUUGGUUUUCAAACCCUAAUACAGAGGUUGCUGCCAUGUUUGUUGGUGGAAAUACUGAAAACUGGACCUGCCAUUUUUCUUUUGUUUUUUUUCUUAAACCCUUUGUGCUUUCUGUAUGUUGCUCACAAUUAUCUUAUAGCUGACAAGCUUUGCAUCUUCUUUUGUCACAGAACUACACGUUUUGUAACCAGCCUCUUGAAGGUAACAUAAGGCAGCUAAUUAGUUGGAUUUCUGGUGCACAUGCUACCAGAUUUUUAAUCCUGUUUGGAUUUUAGAGAGCUUUUAGAUGUGAUACACUAAUAUGACCAGGAAGGACACUUGGCUGAGUGGCAUAGGGAGCCUGAAGAUGCUGAGUACAGUGUGGAGCCUAAAAUGUGGAACGGAAUAUUAAUAUAACAGCCGAGUGAUUGUCUUGUGUGAUUCAUAGCCAUGGAUUUUAUUGAGGCUGGUAAAUUACUUUACCUUGGCUUAUAAAAAUUUAAGUUCUCUAACAUUCUUUACUAUAAUGAAACUACUGUUGCCGUUACAAUAAAGAUGAUCGGUGUUUCCAUUGUAAAUCUUUUUUUUUUUUUAAAAAAGUGGUUUAAUUUUGCAGAACAGCUUAAGGCUGGAGUGAAGUAUCAGUCUUGAAAAAGAAGCGAAUGUAAUCCCCUCUCCUCUCCCACAUCUUCCCACCUUCCAGAUCUCUGGGAGAGCAGAGUCUCUUGCAUUCCCUCCACUCCUAGUCCAGUGCUUCUUGGGUAAUAUGGGAAAAUAAAUGGCCAAGUUUUAAAAUACAUUUGGAUUAAAUUUGGGGGUAGCAUACACUUUUGCGAAUGUCUGGUCCACGUAGUUGUUCCCUUUCAGUCCAGACUGUGUUUCAAGCUAUUCUUGUCUUGGGUUCUUAGGGUUUUUUUGUAUUAAAAUGUACAAGGAUUACUUAAAUGUAGAAUACCUCUAGCUGAUGUGGUCAAACAGCUGUUUCUUUACCUACUAGACCAGAUUUUUUUCUGAGGAGUGUAUUUUGUAAGUUCUACUUGGGGGGGGGGGAGAAACACCUUAAAAUAUAUUUUAACACAGUUAACUAAAGUUAAAGCUGUGAAAAAUGUUUCCAUUGUUCUCAGUUCAGGUUUUGGACUGGAUUAUUUUAUGCCUGGCAAUUUUGGCCCUUUAUCUUAACGAAACUGUUCUGCUUUCUUGUAUGUUCAUCUCAAUGGCUGUUAAGGCUGCAUGAUGCUUAUCUUUGAGUUUGUCACAACCCAAACACUAUGUAAAUCCUGUACUACUACUACUGGGAUUUUGUCUUACUGUUUUGCUGAUUUGUGCAAACACUAAGCCCUAACGGUCUUUUGGUUACUCUGUUAGAAAUGCGGCAGUUUACAUUUUUACGGAUGGAAGAAAAUUGCGAAGGUUAAUACAUACUUUUUUUUUAGUACAUAACAUUUUUCAGCAGUGGCAGACUUAACAUUUUUAAAUGUCCUUUUUUACUUAAUUUGUAUUAAGCAUUCUGAUUUCUUGAAGGAAAGCUGUAAAAAUGCCUUUCUGUGGGAGCAUGAAUAGUUCUUCACGGAGCAGAAAGUUUCAUUCACAGAAGGCGGCUUUGAAAAGAUUGUCUUCUGUUACACAGCUGUAGUUUUGGAGCCUUUGCAGAGAGGUAAAUGGAUUUAUUCCAAAGUUCAGUUAAUCUAGUGCCCUGCCCUGGUCUAACUCUUAAAAUCGUAGUUCAUAACUAACUUCCAUUAUAUAUCAUAGAAAGGUUUGGGUUGGGAGGGACCUUAAAGAUCAUCCUUUCGUACAUUCUGUUUCUGAAUCCACACCACCAUGUUCAAUUUCGCAGUUAAUGCCAAUAGUACUGCCUUUAACUGGCCACAAGGCUUGAUCAGUAAAAAUUUGCUAUUUCAGUUGGGAUAUCAUACUAAAGAUUAUUUGCUUCAUUUUCUGUUUGAUCAGCAUGAGAAUGCCAAACAUGUCAAGCUAAAUGGGUUUCAGAACGGAUUGUGGGUGAGAGCAAGACGUAUAAAUGGGGCAGCCAAGAAGCUUUUAAUUUUGUUGUUUUAACUUUAUCAAAGCAGAAGAGAAGCAGCACACCUUGGGUGACUUCUGCUAGGGAACCCCACCGAUGCCAGGUAACGGUUCUGAGCGUGCUCAGCUCCUGUGCCACCACACGGCUGUAUCCCCAGGUGAUGGACUGCCAGGGCAGUGGCGGAAGAUGUGCUUGAAUUCCUUUUUUCUUUUUUCUUUUUUUUUUUUCUUCCCCUCCACUGGUGAUGGUCACAAAGGUACAAUAGACACUGAGGCACCCAGGUUAAGGAGGGAGGGAAGUAAACUGUAACAUGCUGGAAGCUUUUGAGCUGUAGAAACUGGUGCUUUGCUUUAUGUAAUUUGUUUGUGAAGUGUUUAUUUUUAUAACAGAUCAUAUUGUUGAACACAUGGUUCUUAAACUACAAACUGAUCCAUGAGUUUAAUAUUUGAGAGGUGGACGUUCAUCUGUUGGGGGAGGCAGGAUAUGAAGAUGUAAGCAGAUGGAUAUUAAAGGGACACUGUCACAAAAUAGUUGCUGUCAUAUAGGAUAUGUUAGUUUGGGGGACUCACAUCUGUAUGUGGAAAUUAUAUGUUCUAUAUGUGUAUGAUCAAAUAGAAAAUUUUCCCUGAACUUUGACUAUUUUCCUACACUUUUGGGAGGUUUAAAUACAAGUUCUGCUAAUGAAACUAGGAAGCAAAACUAACUAUUAGUUCUUGCUGUCCAAGAUGACUUUUUUCGAAGUAGUAUGGGGAAUAGCAGAGCUCUGAAAGAUGACAGUGUCCUUUCGAGACCUCCCCAAAUCACGUGUAUCCUCGUUUUAGACUUCCCACUUCGGUAGAUGACUGGCAUUUGAAUGUCUUUUCAUUGAACUCUUUAUAUGAAAAACAAAACACAAAUAUUUCUAAGUCUAGUCGAGUUCUCGCCAUGUGCUGACUGUAUCGACCACUAUUGGAGGUGACUCUCUAGACUGCCUGCCCCCUUCAGCCGCGGUGAAUCGAGCGGGUCCAUCGGUCUGAGCAUGCUCAGUGUGACUGCAAAACACCAUUGUGCAUAUGCUUUGUAUAUUGGGGCAAGG